AUGGCGGAUAAGGAUCCCCUCAACCGUUUGUGCACCCGUGGGUUCCAUGGUGGCCAGAUUUGCUCACAGUGUGGAAAAAGUUUUAUUCAACAGAGUCAUCUCAAAAUACACCAGCGCAUUCACACUGGAGUGAAACCAUAUCAGUGCUCACAGUGUGGAAAGAGUUUUAAUGGACAGAGUGAUCUCAAAAUACACCAGCGCAUUCACACUGGAGAGAAACCGUAUCAGUGUUCACAGUGUGGAAAGAGUUUUAAAGGACAGAGUGAUCUGAAAACACACCAGCGCAUUCACACUGGAGAGAAACCAUAUCAGUGCUCACAGUGUGCAAAGAGUUUUAAUACAAAGAGUGAGUUUAAAAUACACCAGCGCAUUCACAGUGGAGAGAAACCGUAUCAGUGCUCACAGUGUGUGAAGAGUUUUAAUCAACUGAGUCAUCUCAAAACACACCAGCGCAUUCACACUGGAGAGAAACCGUUUCGGUGUUCACAGUGUGUGAAGAGUUUUAAUCAACUGAGUCAUCUCAAAACACACCAGCGCAUUCACACUGGAGAGAAACCAUAUCAGUGCUCACAGUGUGGAAAGAGUUUUAAUAGACAGAGUAUUCUUAAAAAACACAAGCGCAUUCACAGUGGAGAGAAACCGUAUCAGUGCUUACAGUGUGGAAAGGGUUUUAGUCAACAGAGUAAUCUCAAAAUACACCAGCGCAUUCACACUGGAGUGAAACCGUAUCAGUGCUCACAGUGUGGAAAGAGUUUUAAUGUACAGAGU